CAUUCAUAUCUUUUCUAUUGACCCUUGCUUCCUUUCCUACUCCCAACUUCUCUGUGGUUUCCACCAUUUAGGGUCAUUCAAGUGAACCACACGCUUUUCUUCUCAUAACUGGGGCUUUCCCGUCUGGUGCUACAUACAAAUAAGAUAAAGCAUUUUGUUUUUGUUUGUUUUUAGUCAGUUGCAAGAUGGGUGAGAACGCUGCCACCAAGAACCAUGACAACCACCAAGUCUUUGACGUCUCCCUCGGCAUCCCUUCUAAGGGUGGCUCAGAAUGUUUCGAUGACGAUGGCCGUAUCAAGCGAACCGGAACUCUAUGGACUGCCAGUGCACACAUAAUAACAGCUGUGAUUGGAUCUGGGGUACUUUCUUUGGCAUGGGCUAUAGCUCAACUAGGGUGGAUUGCUGGUCCUGCUGUAAUGUUCUUGUUUUCCUUAGUCACUUACUAUACAUCUUCUCUCCUCACCGACUGUUACCGGACUGGUGACCCUGUCUCGGGCAAGCGGAACUAUACUUACAUGGAUGCUGUUCGGUCCAUUCUUGGUGGAUACAAGGUGAAGGCAUGCGGGUUAAUUCAGUAUCUAAAUCUUUGUGGCAUUUCCGUUGGAUACACCAUUGCAGCAUCAGUAAGUAUGAUGGCAAUAAAAAGGUCUAAUUGUUUCCACGAGAGUGGCGGGAAGAACCCCUGCCAUAUGUCGAGCACUCCAUACAUGAUCAUGUUCGGGGUCACUGAGAUCUUACUUUCUCAAAUUCCAGAUUUUGAUCAGAUAUGGUGGCUCUCUAUUGUGGCUGCAGUCAUGUCUUUUACCUACUCUGGCAUUGGUCUUGGUCUUGGAAUUGCUAAAGUUGCAGCUACUGGAACUUUUAAGGGUAGUCUUACUGGAAUAAGCGUCGGAACAGAAACACAAGCUCAAAAGAUAUGGAGGAGCUUCCAAGCUCUUGGUGACAUUGCUUUUGCAUACUCGUAUUCUAUAGUCCUCAUUGAAAUUCAGGACACGGUCAAAUCCCCACCAGCAGAAGCAAAGACGAUGAAGAAGGCCACAAAGCUUAGUAUUGCAAUAACAACAGCUUUCUACAUGCUUUGCGGCUGCAUGGGAUACGCCUCUUUCGGAGACUUUGCACCUGGAAAUCUCCUUACUGGUUUUGGUUUCUAUAACCCAUUUUGGCUUCUUGAUGUUGCUAAUGCUGCUAUAGUAAUCCACCUUGUGGGAGCAUAUCAAGUCUUUUGCCAGCCUAUUUUUGCCUUCAUCGAAAAAUGGGCAACACAAAGAUGGGCCGAAAGCAACUUUAUCACAAAAGAGUUCAAAAUCCCAAUCCCGGGAUAUCAUCCUUACAAGCUCAACCUGUUUAGAUUGGUUUGGAGAACAGCGUUUGUGAUCUUAACCACUGUUAUAUCUAUGUUGAUUCCUUUCUUCAACGAUGUAAUGGGAAUUAUGGGGGCUUUUGGGUUCUGGCCAUUAACAGUUUAUUUUCCCUUGGAGAUGUACAUUCAACAGAAGAAGAUAUUAAAGUGGAGUACCAGAUGGAUUUGUCUCAAGAUGCUAAGCAUGGCUUGCCUGCUGAUAACGAUUGUCGCUGGCGCAGGUUCAAUUGCUGGUGUGAUGCUUGACCUUAAGGUUUAUAAGCCAUUUAAGACUACCUACUAAUCAUUGCUUGCUUAAUUUGCGGUUGAUAUCAAGCAGCGUGGGGGGUGGUGUUCUGGUUCAUUCAUAGCUUUGUGUUGGUUUCAAUUGUUUUACAUUUAUAGUUCGGUUAUUGAUGUUAGAGAAAGCAAACAUUACUGUAAAUUUAUUAUGUAUUUGGAUUUCAGACUAUGGGAAUAUAUGGACCUCCAUUUCUUCUCACCUGUA